CUCUCUCGUUUUCUUUCCUUCCAUAGCUAUGCAAGUCUCAAUCAUUCCAAAUUCUUCCCUUUCCGAGCUCCGCUGUUCUCUCCUGCAGCAAAUGCUUAACCACUCUUCCAAUCAUGACAAACGUGUCAACUAUGCGGUGGUGAGCUUGUUAGGGGUGGUGUCUGUCCUGGGCAUCCUGGAGAACUUUCUGGUUCUGUGGGUGCUUUGAUUCCGCCUGCGCCAGAAAACCGUGGCUGCAGUGUGGGUGAUAAACCUGGCACUGUCUGACUUCCUAGCCACACUGACGCUGCCACUUUUCACACACUACGUGCUGAUGGGACACGACUGGAAACUAGGAUCAGUGUUCUGCUCUGUUGAGGCUUCCAUCUUUUUCCUUAACAUGUUUGUUUCCUCCUUCCUACUGGCUGCCAUAUCACUGGACCGGUGUUUGUUGGUUGCCAAACCAGUCUGGAGCCAGAGCCGGCGCACGGUGGCAGCUGCAUGGAAGAUCUGUGCUGUGGGCUGGCUGUGGUCUGCAGUUAACACAAUUCCCUAUUUCCUGUUCUGUUCUGUAAUACCUAAAAGAGACGAACGCAAUCUUUGCUACCACAACUUUGCUCUGUAUUCCUCGCCAAUUACGCUGGAGACGGACUGCAAAGUGAGGCAAGCGGCAACAGCUGUGUCGAAGGUGGUGCUAGCCUUUGUGCUACCACUGCUCAUCGUUGCUGUGAGCUACGGCCACUUUGGCCAGCAACUCCAUGCUCGAAGGAAGAGGAGCGAGAGCAGGAUGAUCACUCUAAGGGCUAGUAGAACACUGGGCAUGUCUACGAAGCAUCAUAGCCUUUCACCUGCUCUCUCGUCAACUGAAUGCAGUACAACAAGGCUGUCACGUGGCUUCACCAAAAUGGUUUCCUCUGUAAUCGCAGCCUUCACUCUGUGUUGGGCACCAUAUCACAUCUUCUGCCUGGUCGAGGUGGUGGCUCAGUAUAUGCCUGAAAAAACAGAAUUAGUAGAGGUAGGGUUGCCUAUAUCAACAGUGUUUGCUUUUCUGAACUCUCUGCUAAACCCCAUCAUCUACACCUUCAGCUGCCCAAACUUCUGCACACGUGUUCGGCAGAGUCUUGGGGUACUCUUCGAAGGGUUGGUGGAAGAAACAGGACCCCUAUACCUGGCCCCUGGAAGAAGGAGAAAGGUCUCCAGCUCCUCAAUGACUCCCAUGUCUCUCAACUCCCUCAAUAACCCCACCCUGCUCCACAUCCACCAUGUCUCCCAGGCAUCUCUCAGCCUCUCAGCUUUAAGAGAAGAGUCAGGACAAACUGUGAUGUGA